AUGUUCGCCUUGAUCUGGAAUGAUCCUGACAGAAUACUCUUUAUAUUAUUGGGCAUACUGAUUGUGGAUAAUCUCUGGUCAAUAUACCUAAUGUUGCGCGAGAUUCUAAUAGUGCAUCGAGUGACUGAAGUGCCCGAUCUGCUGCGUCCAUAUUUAUCUCGGGAACUAUUCGAUUCAAUGCGUACCUACAAAUUGCACAAGAGUUGGCUUUUCAUUGGGAAUACCCUUUUUAUGGUCGUCUUUUGUGGUUGCCUUGAGCUUUACUUUGGCUUCUAUGCAUUCGUCUGGAACUUGGCCAAUAUGAUGGCAUUUGCCAAAUGGAUGCAGCACGAGUUGGUCAUCUCCAUAAUCUUUGCAUGCAUUCUUAACGUUUAUCUGGUGAUCAAGUCUGUGCCAGGUCGUUUCUAUGAGAAGUACUGCAUAACCAGCUUGGUCAAGAGGCAUCCUCAAAAGUGGUAUGUGUAUAUUUUGGGUUUCCUGCUGGAUACGAUACUCUCGUUCGCGUUAUUGGUCAUCAUGGUGGUCCUUUUCAUAUAUAUAGUCAAGUACUUGGGCCAAUAUGCAUUUCUGGGACUCUACGCAUUGGCAAUGCUCCUGACCGUGUUCAUAAUCCUUAUGCUGCCGUAUUUUAUCGAUCCUUUUGUUGGGAAACGUGUGCCGCUGCAGAAUGAAUCCCUGAAAGCGGAGCUGGAGCGACUUACGGCGAGAGUGGGAUUUCCCAUGCAACAGGUGCACAUUAUUAGAGUAAGAGAUCCAAGCACUGGCAGCAAUGCCUUCUUCUAUGGCAGCUGUUGCCUCAAGCGGAUUGUCAUCUUUGACACCUUGCUGUACAAUCGAGGACUCCAGAAUCACGUUCAGCUGCCGGCAGAAGAGAUGGGCAAGGGUCUGCGUGAUCCCCAAGUGGUUGCUGUUGUUGCCCACGAGCUGGGACACUGGAAAUAUGGGCAUUUCUACAAGGCCAUCAUCAUGUUCAAGACACAUUUAUUACUGACGUUGUUCCUCUUUUCCCUGUUCUUUCCCCAUGGUCCCUUAUAUCAGGCGGUGGGAUUCGAGUGCGGCCUUCAACCGACUAUAGUUGGAUUCCUGAUUGUAUUCGGUUAUGUGCUGGCUCCCUACUUUACGCUCUCCAAUGUCCUUAUGCUCUCCGUGACACGACAGUUUGAAUAUCAGGCGGAUAAGUUUGCCUCUCAGCUGGGACAUGCUGGAAAUCUGAGACUGGCGCUGCUUAAGCUUUAUGCGGACAAUUUAUCAUUUCCCAUAUCGGAUGAAUGCUAUUCCAUUUGGCAUCACACACAUCCCACAAUGCUCCAUCGUCUGGCCAGACUCGAUGAGCAUGAGGCGAACAGAAAUUGAAAUUGAUCAAAGUAGCCUCGAUUCCAUAUUAAAUUUGACUGACAUUUCAAUAAGUUUCUCAACAAUACAAUUUUUGUUUUUAUAUAUACCC